AUGGACGAGAUGCUAGAACAGCGAGGAGUCCAUGUUUCCAGCUCCAGUCUCUCUCUCUUCUCCGACAAUGACAUCCGCACCAUCUCUCACAAGCUCAGCAACACCCGGUUCGGUGACUUGAUUGAAUCCUUCUCCGACUCUAUCAACAAGCGCCUCGGUCGGAAGGCGAAUGAGUCGUAUCCCAAAGUGACCUUCAAAGUACAAGCCGAGCCGUUGCAACUAUCUCUGGAGCAGCGGACCCAAUACGUCCGAGCCUACUUUGACCACAUCCAUCCGAUCUUCCCCUUCUUGGUGGAGGAAGACUUUGCGCAACAAGUUCUGAACAACAGACACCAGGAGUUUCUCGAGCAGGGCUCUCCAUUCCUCGUGCUUUAUCAUGCCGUCCUAGCCAUCGGUAGCCAGUAUACUGGAUAUGGGGCGUUCGAACCUGGAAAGGGUCCCUCAUGGCAGAUCUUUCAGGUGGCAUUGAACCACUUGCAGGAACUCAUAGGCUUUAAGCCGUGCUUGGAGAGCGUUCAGUUCUGUUAUUCCAUGACACAUUGCGGAGGCCAGAUCGCGGAGACUCUGUUGUCUGAAGCAGCCAGGAUGGCACAGUUCGUUCGACUUAAUCGCGGUUCUGCUGCCCUGACGGACGGUGCCCAUCAGAGAACGUUCUGGGUUAUAUACUCCCUCGAAAAGCUGUCGAGUUUCUGCCAAGGAAGGACUUCAGCCAUUCCCGACGAAGACAUUGGUUGCCAUAUCCCUCACGUUCCCGAAUCUAUCUUUGGAGAAUUCAACUGGUUUUUGAGCUCGGUUCGGUUUGGCAGGCUAAUAUCUCGCGCCCAAAGUUCCCUUUUCUCAGUUAGCGCCACCAUGAAGUCCAAAGACGAGUAUCAGCGAGACCUCCAAGCAAUCAACGUUCAGCUGGAGGCUUGGAGACAAUCAAUACCACCCAGCUUCCGCCCGGGCGACCGCUUUGCCCGAGCCAAUCUAGCAAGUCCGACGUUUGUAAUGGCCGCUCUAAGGACGCACCUCAUCUACCAUAACUUCGUCAUGGUGCUGUGCCGGCUGAAUUCACAGGUCAACGCCUGCAGUGCUUUCGGGUUCGAAGCCAACGACCGCGAGACUUUCAUGAGCUCCGCCCGUCGAGUUAUCGAACUGACGACGCAUAUCGAGGUAGAACCAUACGCUCCUUCUGUUCUCUUGACGGUGUUCCCGCUGUCCGCUUUCUUCAGCCUGUUCCACUUGGUCAUCGACAACCCGCACCACGCCGAAACUCGCGACAAUUUGACCUUUUUGGACGUUGCGGCCGGCUACUUUCGCCGUCUCGAGUACAUCAUGAAACAAGAGUUUCCGUUUUCCAUAUUUCCGAAACUCGCUGCCGUCGCCCACGAGUAUGUGCUCAAGUUGCCAGGGCCGUCUGACAUCACGGCGCCCGCUGGACAAGUCGGAGCGUCGCCUUUGCCUGAGAACCAUCUGCCCUCUGAACCGGGAAUGAGUGUGGCGACACCGUCUGGACUGGGCUUAUCUGGCGGUCAGGUACCCGCAAUCCAGCAGCAGAACGACUUUGGUGACCAGUUGUAUGGGAUGGGUGGGAGCAAUCGGCUUGAACCGUUGCCAUUUGCGCGCGAUGGAAAUGUGUCUCAGGCAGAUGGAACACAGUUCAAUGCGGUAAGCGGUGCGAUGGAUUUUUUCGGGAACUUGUUGGACGAGACCUAUAGUUCGUUGUACGGCGUGGACAUCAGUUGGCAAUGA